UGUAACCUUGUACAUCCAUUAAUAUUAAAUAAGGAAAAAAUAAUCAUAAUCCACGAAUCUAUAUAUCAACGAUUAUACUUAAUUAUAAUUUUUAUUUCAUAACUUCAUAAAACAUUAAUAUUUUUCUUUUAAUUUAAUCUAUUUUUUAAAGACAACGCUACGAGCAAAAAUUCUUAAACGAAUUGUUAAAUAUAUGACAAAAUGAGUCAUGGUUUUAGUUUUGAUCAUCGCUAUUGUCCUUUUUUAAAAAUAUUCUUACUAAUUAAAAACAAACAGAAUUUGUAGGAGGUAAUUCAUACCGCGCGAUCACAUUGAUAUUAUAUGUAUAGUCGAUUUAAAAGAUUAGACCACUCAUGAACCACUCUGAUUGUUGCUUUUCCUUUAAAAUGAAGCAUUAAAUUUACAGUGAAAUAUGGCACAAUCUAUUUUCGACGCUCUGACAGGUGUUUCACUCGAUAGCCCUUCUGUACAAUCUUUAAUAGAAUCUCAAAAUCUUAUUACCGAAGUAGAACAAUCAGCAAUAGAUCAAGAUGAAGAAGAUAUAUUUCAAUGUGGAAAAUGUAAAAGUCAAUUCACGUCGCUUCAUAUGUUCGUUCUACAUAAAAGGACACAUCAAAAGACGCAAGAACAAACGGUAGAUUUGAGUCAAUUUUUAGUAAAUGACGAGAGUCACAUUAUACGUGCUGAAGAUACUAGUCAAGAUGAAUCGCAAUAUAAUCCUCAAGAAACAUUUGUAAGAACGGAUCAACUUGGAGGGUCUAUUAUACUCGAAGAAACUGAUAUGUUGUUUAGUAUGGAUCAAGAAAAUGGAAAUUAUUUUACAACAGAUUCUACAUUUAGUGUUCCAAUUAUAUUAAGUUCCGAAGGUCUUGAUACCUUUACAAAUUCUGGAAUCAUAGGAGAAAAUGAAUCUAUGAAAAAUGAAUCAAAGGAAAUAUCCCAGAUUUUACAAAGUGAUAUCUCUCAAGAAGAAAAUUUGAUUAAUUCAAUAAAUUGUAAAACAUUAUCGCCUGACACAGUAUCCAUAGAAUUGGAAAAUGUGGAACAAGCACAAAAUUUAAAAUAUAAAUGUGGUUAUUGUAGUAAGCAGUUUGCAAAAAAAUUUUACUGGCAACAACACGAACGGUCUCAUACAGGAGAAAAACCUUAUCAAUGCGUAGUGUGUGGAAGAGCAUUUGCACAAAAGUCUAAUGUAAAGAAACAUAUGUCAUCGCACAAAGUGUGGCCUGGCACUGCCAUACACUCGCUACCACCUGAGGUUCCACCGGAUGGAAGUAUAGAUCGUACCUAUCACUGUCAGUUCUGUAAAGAAAUAUUUGAUUCGUACAAAGCUCUGAAGGGCCAUCUCAUAGUUUCUCAUCUAGCACUGAAAGUGUACAAAUGUGUGCAAAGUAGUUGUAGUAUGAUGUUUGCCGAGCUGGAAGAUUUUUUGGAGCACACUCGUAGUCACAAACGGUCGGAAUAUCGUUGUCAUGUUUGCGGUGAAGUGUUUAAUACUUUAUCAGACUUAGGACUCCAUCAAUAUGCUCAUUCCGUCCAAAAACAAAAAACGACAGAAAAAUAUUAUUGUUGUUCUAUAUGCAAAUCAUCAUUUUCUAAUUUAGAAGCUUUACAACAUCAUACAGAAACCACCACACAUGACUAUGCUUGUUUGCAUUGUGGAAAGAGUUUCUUGAUUGAAAGAUUUCUAAGACGGCAUUUAAAAACACAUGCUUCAUCUGCUCGAUUUGCGUGUGAAGAUUGUGGUAAAGCCUUUAAGACAGAGCAAUAUUUAGCCAAUCACAAAUUAAUUCAUAGCGAGGAAACACCUUUUUUGUGUCCACAUUGUCCAGCUAGAUUUAAACGAAAGGAUCGACUUGGUCGUCAUAUGCUGAUUCACGACUUAACGAAAAGAUUAAAAUGUCCAUUUAGAGGAUACUUGGGUUGCAUGAGUGAAUUUUCACGUCCGGACAAAUUGAAAAGACAUCUUCUCACGCACAGUAAUAUUAAACGCUUCAGUUGCAGUCACUGUAAUCGUAAUUUUCAUCGAGCGCAAGCGCUCAAACAUCAUGAAAUGAACAAACAUAGUUUAAAAUGUGAUAUAUGUUCGCACGCAUUUAAAACUAAGGAUCAAUUAAUUACUCACAAUUGUGAUCAGUCGAUUGAGACUAAAAAACAUACAAGUUCCCAGUUGCCUAAAAAAGCAUCUGGUUCAUUCAAGCCAAGGAAACCUACUCCAAAGAGACAAAUGUCAUCAAAGACUGCUAUUGGAGUCGCAGAUAAGGAGAAAUUAGAGAAAUUUAAGGCUGAUGAAAUACAAAGAAAAAUUACCUCGGAAAUGUUAAAAUCAAAUGAUUCGAAAGAUGACUCGAGCAUUAAAAAAAUAGGAAGCAAUCAGAUUUCGAGAGAUAUUGGUUCGACAAUCGAAGCACUUAUACGAUCCGAUUCGACCGAAAGUGAAAUAAAACGCAACAGCGAUAUAUAUACGAUGCAUCAAGCGGGCGAAUAGUUUUUAAAUAUAUUUUUUAAUCCUAUUUAAAUUAUAUAGCCUAGAAUAUAAAUAAGUUAUUGUCAUAGUACGUGCAAUGGGAUCAUUGAAAAACUACAGGUUGCAUUUUACAAUAGCGUACGAUAUUUUGUAGUUUACAUAUCUGUGAUAAUUGUAUUAUAAAUAUUAACAACAUAAGUAACUUAUAUUUCUCUAUGUUAAAUAUUUUAAUUAUUGCCUUUUGAACCAGCGAUAUUAAAAUUGAAUAGAAAAAAAAUGUCGAUGCAUAGAAAUAACGAUAUAUAUUUUAUCUCAUUAGUGAGGAACUAAUCAAGGAAGCAAUCUCACGUGUGUGACGUGAAUCCUGCCUAUCUUUAAUACUACGAUUGUAUUUGGAAGGAUGUGGUUAUCAAAACCGCAAGCCUUUCCAGUUAAAACCAACCGUCGAGAAAAUAUAUUCGUUACAAUCAAUUUGGGCGAAGAGACCCGUACUGCUACGAUUCAGAUUGUACAUGUCCUAUCAAUAUUUUACACAUAGGAUCAAAGUAUUUUGUUUCUUUUGUGAUUAUACGGAUAAUAAUAGAUAUCUAUGUAAUCGAAUAAAUAUUCUUUGCGUUGCAUUUUUAAA